CAGCUUGCUAGUAGCGUGAUCACAUAUAAUAAUAAUAAUCAUAAAGAAUUUCGCGCGCUACACGGGGCGAAACUGGUGGUAUCCUUCCGCCCCCUCAGGAGACGCGCUACGUCCCCUCUGUCAGCUGGCUGUCAGUCACUGUGUGGUGCGCGGCGACGGAAGGAGAAGAUUUUAUUAUUGACUAUGGAGCUGCCAACAAAUACUGAUGGAGAUCCAAGUACAGAUGGAACAACAGUUAACAUUAUAGAGACCAGUACUUCUGGAAACAUGGAUGUACAGGUUGGAGUUACUGCUGAAGCAGUCAUGCCUGUAGUCACGGGACAGAUAACCAACACGGGGCCUUGUCACAAAAUACAACCAAAGAGCAUAGCUCCCUCUACUAGAAGAAGGAAGUCUAGAACACCAUAUGAGUCUUACCCCAUAGUAGAACAAGCUAAAAGUGCAUUACAGUCACAAAGUGUCACCACAACUUCGGUUGCAAGCACAAAUGUUGAACAGAAUCUUGGCAGGCAUUGCCGCAGCAUAUAUGGUAUCCAGAGCCUCCAGGCAUAUGUAAAAGUAAAACAGGUCAAAUAUAGAGAAGAAAGAGAAAAUCGUAAAACAAAAAUUGAUUCUCGUUAUAGAUAUAUAUUUGGCAUAUUAGCAUAUAGACUUGAUUUGGAUCCCACAGCUGUUGAAGAUAUUUUAUUGGAUGCUCCAACUUUCCAGGACUUUGAUGCUUUUUUUUCCAUUGGAGGCCGCAGAUCUCUCAUCUUUUUUUAUGAAGAAAUGGACAUACCAGAAAUGGAUGGCGGAUGUACAGAUCCUGGAGCUGCAAAAAUGUUUAGCCUGGUUUUAGGAAACACAGAUAAAAUGCUUAAAGGGCUUUGCUUAUUUUUUAUUAGAUGUAAAAAUGAUACAUUGAUAACAACUGAUAACAUACAGGAGGAAAUAUGCUUCUCAACAUUAGAUGCCACCGAUGGAAUUUUUACUGGAACUAGUGAUUUGCUGUCUAAAAUCUUUCUGCCAGCUAUUAAUGCUACAGACAACUGGGGACUGUUAUAUCAGUGCAGACAUGGAGAGAGUGAGAAGCAAAGAUUCAAACAGUCAAUUGCUAAUUUCUUAUCAUUUUUAGCUGAUGCUAAAGUAAGCAUUGCUGAAGCUGUCCAGCUGAGAGCAGUUGAGUUUAUUAACUUCUCCGCACUGCAGUCUUUUCAGGGUAUGAUGGCUGCAGCUGCAGAUUCACAAAUGGUCACUAAAUGCGAAGCAGCACUAAUGGUGUGGUACAAGCAGAUAGAACAGGUUCUUAUUGAAAGUCAACAGAUACGAAAGGAAACUGACUAUUCUGGUCCUUUAAUUGAACUGGAACAUUGGAAACGAAUGUUAGUGAAAUUCAAUAAUAUCAUUUGCCAGAUUAAGGGACAGAAUUGUAAAGCAGUUAUUACUGUUUUAAACCUGGCAAGAUCCAAAGUGUUCAAGAUGUGGAAAGAGCUGGAUUCCAGAAUUACAGAGGCAGCUAAUGAGGCUAAAAAUAAUGUAAAUUAUUUAUAUAAUCUUGAGCAAGUAUGUCAGCCGCUUUAUACUAAUGACCUGGCAACUAUGAUACACGGCAUACCAAAUCUAAUAAAUACUAUUGGAAUGUUACAUAAUGUUUCUAGAUACUACAAUAUAUCUGAUCAGAUAACGUCAUUGUUUGUAAAGGUUACAAAUCAAAUGGUUACAGCAUGUAAAGCAUACAUCACUGAGAGAGGCACAUUAAGUAUUUGGCAGCAGGAUGCAAACACUGUCAUAAAUAAAAUUAAGGAAUGCAAUGACCUGUAUAAAGAAUAUCAGAACUGUUUUCAUAGAACCCAGGAACAUUCUAAACUAACACUGAAUGAAAAUGUCUUUAGUGUAUCAGAGAUGUACAUAUUUGGAAAAUUGGAAGCAUUCUGCAAACGGACUAAGAAGAUUUCAGAAAUUCUAUCUAUGGUCCAGAGCUAUUCAGCUUUAUGCAAGUCUACAAUUGAUGGAAUUGAUGUUUUGGAUAUAAAGUUUAAAAAUAUUUCCGAGACUUUUAAAACAUGGACUUACGAUAUUCUCGACCCAAGGAAAUCUGAGUUUGACAGAGAUUUUUCAGAAUUCAUGGCAAAAAUAAGUGUUCUAGAGACAGAGAUUCAGGCUUUUAUGAGUAACUGCUUUCACAGAUCACUGUUCCCACAGCAAGCAGUCCAACUUCUUCAAAGGUUUGAGGAUUUAAACAUUCCAUGUCUACAAUCUGAGAUCUCAAAUACCAUUGUGCUGAUUCUUCAUCAUUGCAUGGAAGUGCUUGAAACAACUAAAAAGCUCUACAACAGUCACAAGGAGGACCCGCCAAUUGCUAGGAACAUGCCGCCAAUAGCAGGAAAGAUCUUGUGGUCAAGGCAUCUAUUCAGAAAGAUUUAUGAGCCAGUCACUUAUCUAGACAAAAAUUCUGACAUGUUAUCAAGUUUAGAGGGCAAAGCAGUUAUUCGACUAUUUAAUAAAAUAUCGUAUGAACUGGUGGAAUUUGAGGUCUUACAUCACAGAGCAUGGUUUAAAGACUUCUCCCAGCUGGAGUAUGCAUUGCAGGCCACAUUGAUGGUUCGUCAUCCAGAGACUCUGAGGAUUCUUAUUAAUUUUGAUCCUAAAAUUCUAGAAUCUAUACGAGAAACAAAGUGCAUGAUACAAUUGGGGUUAGAGGUUCCAGAGCAAGCAAAGAGACUUUUGAGCAUAGAAACAACGCUUAAGUCAAAUCAUCUCAAAAUAGAGAAUUUCCUGAAGAUGUAUGAAGCCCUUUGCGAUCAGGUCCACCCUGCCUUGGUAAAUGUAAUGGCUGUGAAAAUAAGAAAGGUGGAGGCCGUUUUAAGUCAAGGUCUUAUAUUUUUAACAUGGUCGUGCCUUAUAUUGGAAAGUUUCUUUGCAGAGGUUGAGUCAAGUAUUUAUGCAUGGGAUCGUUUCUUUAAAAAGCUGAAUGAUAUCUGUGCAACCCGCAUCAAUCCAGUACUAGAGGAGAUAGCAGAGAGUGUUUUGAUAGCCUUGUUGGAUGGUGGGCCAACCACAGUACAGAAACUGAUUGCAACCAAUGAGGUUUAUACAAAAGAGAGAGUAGAAAUGAUAAAUCACAAGAGUGCGCAAAUAGAGCAAGCUGUGAAAGAGCUUAUUUGUAUCUUUGAAGCUGUAUAUGAAGUUAAACACACAAAACAAAUGGAGAAAAUCCACAAAGAUCCAGAAACUAGACAUGUUGUAUUUAGAAAUGAGCCGGUCAUUGAAGCACCCAAUUAUAAGGCAAAUGCCCAGGAACAUAAAGAAGAUGAGUUUAAAAUGGAAUGCAAGGCGAUAUAUUCAUAUUUUAGCAAGAAGCUUUUGGGCAGUCUAAAGCAAUGCACCUGUCUGUCACUUGAGCUUCUGAAAAGAAAACUGUUUAUUUCAAGUCAGAGAGCUGUGUAUUCUCUAUCCGCUAUACAAGAUGAGAACACGUCUUUCCUGAAAGCGGAAGUACACCUCCUUAUCCCAAAAGUGGUAAUGAUUCCAAACUUGGAUGACAUACAGCAGGCUAUAGAUCGUGUGACACAGUUAAUACUUGAAGUCAGUCGAGGAGUCGCUCAGUGGAGACAGCACAGUAUGCAGCAGACAGUUGUUGCUCACGAUACUUUCACAAGCACUUGUAGCUCACCAAGUUUCCUGCCUGGCAAACAACAAAAUUCAAAAGGAAAAAUGGUGGAAGAGGUGUAUACACAGAAAGAGCUUGAGAAUUUCUAUAGAAACCUUGGAGAAAAUAAAGAGGUUUCAAAGCUUGUCUUAUUACUCUCUUCAUUUGUGAAUACACUUAGAAGAGCAGCCAGUGAUUCACUGGAAAACUUUCAGAAAUAUAAACUCCUUUGGACAGAAGACAGAGAAUCUAAAAUAUCGCAAUUAUUGUCUGAGGACCCAUCUCUUAGUGACCUUGAAAGUGAAAUAUUACAUUAUGACUCAAUUGAACAAGAGAUACAGGAAUUACAGCCAACAUUGCUUCUAGGAUCUAUUGAACUGAACACAGCUCCUGUGAAAUUAGCUUUAGCUUUUGAAGCAAAAUCUUGGAAAAUAGUAUUGUGCAGAUGCAUACAUAAGGAAUACUAUGCAAAACUGGAGGAUAAUUCAGUAUUUAUGACUGAAUAUUUAAAAAGAUUAUCCCAUCCUAUUGUUGACUUGGAUGAUGUACGAUUUGUAAUGGAGGCUUUGACGACGAUUAGAGAAAAUGAGAUUCGCAUCGACAUGACUAUAGGACUAAUAAAAGAAGCAUAUGCAAUUUUAAAUAGAUUUGAAUUUGAGUUAUCAAGAGAAGAAUCAGAAAUCGCUGAUACACUGAGAUAUUCUUUUAUCAAAUUACAAUCCAAAGCAGCUUCUGUCCAAGAUGAGCUUAUUCGUGCUCAACCCCAAUUUAAAAAGAAUCUCUUAGAGUCUCUAGUCAUUUUUCAGAAGGAUAUGGCGGCAUUUGGCAAGGAAUAUGAGACGGAAGGACCAAUGGUUCCAGAUAUACCACCUCGUGAAGCUAGUACCAGAGUACAUAUCUUCCAGGCCAAAUUUGAUGAUCUGUGGAGGAAAUGUGUCACUUAUUCUGCUGGAGAACAUCUUUUGGGAUUACCUGUGUCAGGUUAUGAAAUUGUACAUACGAGAAGGAAGGAAUUAGGCCUAUUACAGAAACUGUAUGUAUUAUAUGAUGAUGUGAUAAAUAAAAUCAGUGGAUACUAUGAUAUUCUAUGGACAGAUGUAGAUAUUGAAAAGAUAACAACAGAAUUGCAUGCUUUUCAGAACAGAUGCAUUAAACUUCCAAAAGGACUAAAGUACUGGCAAGUAUUUCUAGACCUAAAGAAACAAAUAGAUGACUUCGGAGACUUUUGCCUUUUAUUAACUAUGAUGAAAAACAAAUCUAUGAAGAAAAGACACUGGGAUCGUAUAGCUGAUCUUACAGGACACAAAUUGGAUUUUGAAUCUAAAUUGUUUUGUUUGCGUAAUAUUAUGGAAGCGACAAUUCUCAAAUAUAAAGAUCAGAUUGAAGAUAUUUACAUAUCAUCGAUUAAAGAGAUGGACAUUGAAGGAAAACUGUUCCAGGUGAUAGAUGAGUGGAAUAACAAGUUUCUAAGUUUUUCUGCUUUUAAAGGCAGAGGUGACUUACUGAUAAACAGGAUGAAUGCUGAAGCCAUGAUAACUAUGAUGGAAGACAGCCUGAUGGUUCUAGGAUCAUUAUUAAAUAACAGGUAUAAUGUGCCUUUUAAAGCUGCAAUUCAGGGCUGGAUCCAUAAGCUCAGCACAUCAUCUGCUAUCUUACAAGAGUUGCUGGUGGUACAGAAUCUCUGGGUUUACCUUGAAGCUGUUCUUGUUGCUGGAGAUUUAUCAAAACAGUUACCUCAGCAAGUCAAACAUUUUCAGAAAAUAGAUCAAACCUGGGUGAAAAUAAUUCAGCGUGCUCAUGAAAAGACCAAUGUCAUUCAUUGCUGUGUUGGGGAUGAGAUCUUGGAGAAAAUGCUGCCACAUCUACACGAACAGCUGGAACUGUGUCAGAAGUCACUAACAGGGUAUUUGGAGAAAAUAAGGCUUUUAUUUCCAAGAUUCUUUUUUAUAUCUGACCCUUUGCUUCUGGAGAUUCUUGAACAAGCAGCUGAUUCACACAACAUACAGGCGUACCUAUCAGCAUUGUCUGACAAUAUAAAUGAAGUAGAGUUCUUAGCAACUGAUUACAACUUGAUAUCAUCUGUAAUAUCACAGGAAGGAGAAAAGAUUCAGUUGGAGAAUCCAGUAUUAGCUAAUGGUCCAGCAGAAGUUUGGUUAGGAAAACUGUUAAACAUGCAGCAGCAUUCAUUGCAUGGAGUCAUAAGAUCAGCUUACUCUCAGAUCACUGACACAAGAUUUCAGCUUUUUGACUUUCUUAAUCGUUUUCCAGCACAGGUUGGACUUUUGGGAAUUCAGAUGUUAUGGACAAUGCACUCAGAGAAAGCUCUGACCAAGGCAAAGGAAGACAGGACAAUCCUGCAAAUAACCAGCCAGAAAUUUCUUCGCAUCCUGAAUUCACUUAUUGGUCAGGCGUCUCUUGAUCUUAAAAAGUAUGAUAGGGUGAAAUAUGAAGCCCUGAUCACAAUUCAUGCACACCAACGAGACAUCUUUGAUGACUUGGUGAAAAUGCACGUCCGAUCAGUAACAGACUUUGAGUGGCUGAAGCAGAGCCGAUUGUACUUUGAUGAAGAACGGGACCAAGUGAUUAUAUCUAUUACAGAUGUUGACUUUGUAUAUCAGAAUGAAUUUCUGGGCUGCACUAAUCGUCUUGUAAUUACACCAUUAACUAUCCGGUGCUACAUUUCAUUAGCCCAAGCUAUAGGAAUGAAUAUGGUUGGAGCUCCCGCAGGACCUGCUGGCACUGGAAAGACUGAAAUCUUAAAGGAUAUGGGAAAAGCAUUAGGGAAAUAUGUUGUGGUGUUCAACUGUUCUGAUCAGAUGGAUUUCAGAGGUUUAGAAAGAAUAUGUAAAGGUCUUGCACAGUCAGGAUCCUGGGGAGUCUUUGAUGAAUUCCACCGUGUUGAGUUCCCUGUGAUGUCAGUGGCUGCGCAGCAAAUUUAUAUUGUGUUAACAGCACGAAAAAAAAGUACAAAGCAAUUUCUGUUUAGUGAUGGGGGUAUUGUUCACCCAAAUCCAGAAUUUGCUAUCUUUUUAACACUGAACCCAGGGAAUGCUGCUUGUCAGGAGCUACCCCAGAACCUGAAGAUUCAGUUUAGAACUAUUUCCAUGGUGUUACCAGACAGACAGAUUAUAAUACGAGUGAAGCUUGCAAGUAUUGGCUUUCUAGACAACGUUUCUUUGUCUCAGAAAUGUUAUGCUCUAUAUAAACUCUGCGAGGAACAGCUUACUAAACAGGUGCAUUAUGAUUUUGGCUUGAGAAACAUCCUGUCGCUAAUAAGGACAUUGGGGGCACAAAAAAUGAUGAGACCAGAUGAGAGUGAAUCUAGUAUAGUUAUUAGAUGCGUACGAGAUAUAAAUCUAUUAAAGCUGAUUGAUGAAGAUGAACCACUUUUCCUUAGUCUAAUCAGUGAUCUUUUCCCUGGGACUCGGUUAGAUAGCAAUAUAUAUAAUGAGCUCCAAAAGGCUGUUUCCAAUCAGGUGGAAAUAUUGGGUCUAGUAAAUCACCCACCAUGGAAUCUUAAACUUAUACAGCUGUAUGAAAUGUCUAAAGUACGUCACGGGCUGAUGACACUUGGACCUAGUGGUUCCGGGAAGACCUCGGCUAUCAAUGUGCUUAUGAAAGCCAUGACUGAGUGUGGGUCUCCUCACCAGGAGAUGCGCAUGAACCCAAAGGCUAUUACUGCACCGCAGAUGUUUGGACGGCUGGAUACAGCAAGCAAUGAUUGGACAGAUGGCAUAUUUACUACACUUUGGAGGAAGUCUUUGAAACACAAAAAGGGUGGAAAUGUCUGGAUUGUUUUGGAUGGUCCUGUAGACACCAUUUGGAUUGAGAACCUGAAUUCAGUGCUGGAUGACAAUAAGAUCUUGACAUUGGCUAAUGGUGACCGCAUUCCGAUGGCUCCGCACUGCAAGCUGCUGUUUGAAGUACAGAGUAUAGAGCAUGUGUCUCCUGCUACAGUGUCUCGGAUGGGCAUGGUCUACUUCAGCUCGUCUACUCUUACCUGGAAACCUAUAUUAAAGGCUUGGUUAAAUACACGCACAGAAAAGGAAAGGGAUAUCUUCGGAGCCUUGUAUGAUAAAGUAUUUGAGGAUGCAUAUACUCAUAUGCAUUUGAGUCUUAAUCCAAAGAUGCAGCUUUCGGAGUGCAAUUACAUCAUGCAGUCUAUUAAUCUCCUGGAAGGAUGUAUUCCCACACAAGGAGAGGGAGAUGCUGCAGGUCCUCAACGUCUUGAGAGAUUAUUUGUAUUCGCCUUGAUGUGGAGUUUAGGGGCUCUCCUUGAGCUGGAGAAUCGUCACUGCCUGGAGAGAUUUCUCAGACGACAUGAGAGCAAGUUGGACUUACCGGAAGCUGAACCAGGCAAUUACCAACCAAUGUUUGAGUUUCAUGUUAAUCAAAAUGGUGACUGGGAGCACUGGAAUAGAAGAGUACAGGAAUAUUCCUAUCCUACAGAUCAUAGUCCACAUUAUCCAUCCAUAUUAGUUCCAAUAGCUGACAAUGUGAGGAUCCAGUUUCUAAUAGACAUUAUUGCGAAACAAAAUAAAGCUGUCCUGCUGACGGGAGAGCAAGGCACUGCAAAGACAGUGAUGAUAAAAGCAUACCUGAAGGGACACAGUAUGGAGACACACAUUUCAAAGUCAAUCAACUUUUCUUCAGCAACGCAACCCGUGAUGUUCCAGAGCAUGAUAGAAAGUUUUGUGGAAAAGCGCAUAGGGAGCACAUAUGGCCCACCUGGCGGUAGAAAAAUGACUGUGUUCAUCGAUGACAUUAACCUGCCCAUUAUCAAUGACUGGGGUGAUCAGGUGACAAAUGAAAUAGUUCGGCAAAUGAUGGAGAUGCAAGGAAUGUACAGUCUGGACAAAGCCGGGAACUUCACUACAAUUGUAGAUGUGCAGAUAAUCGCGGCUAUGAUACACCCCGGAGGCGGCCGCAAUGAUAUCCCGCAGCGUCUGAAGAGGCAGUUUGCCAUUUUUAAUUGCACAUUACCGGCCGAUACAUCCAUUGACAAAAUAUUUGGAGUGAUCGCUUGUGGAUAUUUUAAUUCCUGUAGAAAGUUCAAACAAGUAAUAUGUGAUCUGGUAAAAAAAUUGGUACCCGCUAGCAGAGCUCUGUGGCAGAUGACAAAGGUAAAAAUGCUUCCUACACCAUUCAAAUUCCACUAUAUGUUUAAUCUACGAGACCUGUCCCGCAUCUGGCAGGGAAUGCUAGCUAUACGUGCAGAAGAGUGCCCUACCGUUUCUGUACUGCUUGCUCUUUUCAAGCAUGAAUGCCAAAGAGUUAUUGCAGAUAGGUUUGUGAGCCAAGAAGACAGAGUUUGGUUUGAUAAAUCUCUCGUCCAAGUUCUAGAGGAAAAUGUGAAUCCAGUACUCGUCUCAGAAAUACCAAGCAAUGCCUAUUUUGUGGACUUCUUGAGAGGCGCUCCUGAACCCACUGGAAAGGGGCCUGGGGGCUUUGCGUUCGGAGCACCAAAAAUAUAUGAGAUGAUUCCAAGUUUGGACUUUCUGUCUGAAAAGCUGCAGCAGUUUCAGAAACAAUUAAAUGAUACAAUAGAGGGAUUUUCUCUCAAUUUGUUUUUUUUUGAAGAUGCAAUGACGCAUCUUAUUAAGAUUUCCCGUAUAAUCCGCACUGGCAACGCUCUGCUAGUAGGAGUGGGGGGAUCAGGAAAACGCAGUCUGUCCAGGCUGGCUGCUUUUAUUGCAGCAUAUAGAAUAUUCCAGAUCACACUUACCAAAUCUUAUGGCGUCAUUAAUCUGAUGGAUGACUUAAAGAUGCUCUUCAGAACAGCUGGUGCAGAAGGAAAGGGAGUGACUUUUAUUUUUACAGAUAAUGAUAUAAAAGAUGAAUCUUUCCUGGAAUAUAUAAAUAAUGUUCUCUCUUCAGGAGAGGUUUCAAAUCUAUUUGCUCGGGAAGAGCUGGAAGAAAUCACCCAAUCUUUAACGCCAGUAAUGAAGAAGGAAUUUCCAAGGCUUACUCCAAACUUUGAUCAUUUAUAUGACUAUUUUAUAAGCAGAUGUAGAAAUAAUCUGCGUGUCAUACUUUGCUUUUCGCCAGUUGGUGAGAAACUCCGGACAUGUUCUCCGAAAUAUCCUGGUCUUAUUUCUGGGUGCACUAUAGACUGGUUUAGUCCAUGGCCGAAGCAAGCUCUGGUUGCUGUUUCACGUCACUUCCUUUCAGGCUUUGAUAUGGAGUGCAGUGCAGAAGUGAGAUCUCAGGUGGCGGAGAUCAUGGGAACAUUUCAUGAAAUGGUUUCAGGGACUUGUGAGGAUUACUUUCAGAGAUACCACAGGAGGGUUUAUGUAACGCCUAAAUCAUAUUUAUCAUUUAUAAGUAGCUUCAAAAAUGUUUAUGUGGAAAAAUUGAAGUAUUUCAGUGCUGAAACUGAACGGAUGAACAUAGGAAUUGCUAAACUAAUGGAAGCUAGUGAAUCUGUGAGUAACUUAUCUCAGAGACUAGCAUUAAAGGAAAAACAACUGGCUGUGGCAUCCACUGAAGCUGACAAUGUGCUGGCAGAGGUCAGCUUAGUGGCACAUUCAGCAGCCAGGGUGACCACUGAGAAGCAAAUUGUGAAAGACAAAGCACAGAGGUUGAUGGAUAAAAUAGAAAAGAAGAAAGCUAUAGCAGAAAGUACACUGGAGGCAGCGAGACCAGCACUGCAGAAAGCAGAAGCUGCAUUAAAUACCAUCAAAUCUGCAGAUAUUGCUAAAUUACGGAAAGUUUCAAAGCCACCCCACCUGCUUAUGAGAAUUAUGGAUGUCUGUCUUCUGCUGUUUCAAAAGAAGCUCAAUCCAGUGAUGAUAGACUCUGAGAAAGGCACAUGUAAACCUUCCUGGGGGGAGUCCUUAAAGCUCAUGAGUUCUACUGGAUUUCUACAGUCACUUCAACAGUUCCCAAAGGACACUAUUAACGAUGAGACUAUGCAGUUAAUACAGCCCUAUUUUCAGAUGGAAGAUUUCACGUUUGAAAAUGCGAAGAAGGUCUGCGGCAAUCUAGCUGGUCUGUUUAUAUGGACAGAGGCAAUGGCAUCAUUCUAUAUUGUCAACAAAGAAGUAGAGCCUAUAAAGACAAAUAUGAUAAAGGAAGCUGAUCGUUUAAAGUUUGUUAAUUUUGAAUUGUCCAAGGUGCAAUCCCAGCUGGAUCAGAAACAAGCAGAAUUGUAUAGGGCACAGGCAAAAUUUGAUGCAGCCAUGUUACACAAAAUGACCCUUCACACUGACGCAGAACAUUGCAGAGAGAAGUUAGAACCUGUGUCAGCUCUUAUAGAUGGGCUCGGCGGGGAGAAGGUCAGAUGGACUCAACGAUACAUGGAAUUCAAGGCUCAGAUUACCAGUCUUGUUGGUGACACUCUGCUGGCGACAGCUUUCCUAUCGUACUGCGGACCAUUCAAUCAAAUAUUUAGGAACCUUUUACUGAAAGACAUAUGGGAAACAGAAUUAGAAAACAGGGGAAUUCCAUUUUCCGGAAACUUAAAUGUACUUUCAAUGUUAGUGGACCAGUCAACUGUGAGUGAAUGGAACCUCCAGGGUUUACCAGGAGAUGAUCAUUCCAUUCAAAAUGGCAUUAUCAUUACUAAGGCAACUAGAUACCCAAUUCUCAUUGAUCCCCAGAACCAAGGGAAGACAUGGAUCAAAAACAUGGAGAAAAACAAUGAACUUCAGGUAACAUCAUUUAAUCACAAUUAUUUCCACAAACAUUUGGAAGACAGUCUGUCAUUAGGAAGACCUCUUCUCAUUGAAGAUAUUGGGGAAGAACUUGAUCCAAUUCUUGAUAAUGUUUUAGCAAAAAACCUUAACCGAUCAAGAACAAUAUUUAAGGUGAAAGUGGGUGAUAAAGAGGUUGAUAUUUUGGACACGUUCAGGCUGUACCUAACCACAAACUUUCCAAACCCUCUGUUUUCACCUGAGAUCCAUGCACAAUCAUCUCUGAUUGACUUCACUGUUACCAUGAAAGGACUAGAAAACCAGCUACUAGAGAGGGUCAUCCGAACUGAAAAAAAGGAGCUGGAAGCAGAGAGGAUUAUGCUAAUGGAGGAUGUUACUGAACACAAACGUAAAAUGACGGAGUUAGAGGACAAUCUUCUUUAUAAGCUAAGUGUAGCAAAAGGGUCUAUGGCAGAUGAUGAGUCUCUGGUUGAGGCACUUGGCAUUACCAGUCAAAGAGCCAGUGAAGUGAAUGAGAAACUGCAUAUUGCUGCAAGAGCAGAGAUGCAUAUUAUCAAAACUGAAGAGCAGUACCGGCCAGCCGCCACACGGGGCAGCCUGCUCUAUCUGCUGAUCACAGAGAUGGGCACGGUCAAUGUUAUGUACCAGACAUCACUCUCUGUGUUCCUGAAGUUAUUCGAUAAGUGCAUGGUCAGAUCAGAGAAAAGUCCCAUGGUCCAAAAGAGGAUACGCAACAUCAUUGAAUAUUUGACAUUUGAAGUUUUUAGAUAUACUUCUAGAAGCUUAUAUGAAAAACACAAAUUUCUAUUUACUCUGCUUCUAACAUUGAAAAUCGACCUACAGAAAGGAGCCGUGACACAGAGGGAGUUCCAAACACUCAUCCAAGGUGGAGCAGCACUUGAUCUGAAAGAGUGCCCUCCAAAACCAUUCCAGUGGAUUCCUGAUAUAACCUGGCUGAAUCUUGUUAAAUUAAGCAAACUGCCUCAGUUUUCUGACAUUUUAAUCCAGGUGACUCGCAAUGAAAAAGUUUGGAAAAAAUGGUAUGACAAUGAUGCACCGGAAGAGCAAAUAGUUCCUGAUGGGUAUAAUGUUUCCCUGGACACAUUCCGGAAACUCUUACUUAUCAGGUCUUGGUGCCCUGAUCGUACUCUGUCUCAAGCACGGAAAUAUAUCAGACAUUCCUUAGAUGUUAAGUAUACAGAACCUGACAUUUUAAAUCUUGAGAGUACUUGGAAAGAAAGUGACAAUCGUACUCCUUUAAUUUGUUUUCUCUCUAUGGGCUCAGAUCCCACAAAUCAGAUUAAUGCACUUGCAAAGAAACUUAAACUUGAAUGUAGGACUCUAUCUAUGGGACAAGGACAAGGCGUUCACGCACGUAGACUCAUCCAGAUGUCAAUGCAACAGGGAGGAUGGGUCCUUCUUCAAAACUGUCACUGUGGACUGGACUUUAUGGACGAAUUACUUGAAACUAUUCAAACCAAAGAAGUAAUUCAUGAAACAUUUAGGAUCUGGUUAACGACCGAGGCUCACAAUAAGUUUCCAAUAACACUGCUACAGAUAUCUAUCAAAUUUACCGAUGAGUCCCCCCAGGGAAUGCGAGCUUGCUUGAAGAAGACGUUUGCCGGAAUUAGUCAGAAUCUGCUGGAUGCCGGCUGCCUCCCUGUGUGGAGACCUCUGCUGUACACUGUGGCCUUUCUUCACUCUGCUGUCCAGGAACGACGCAAAUUUGGUCCUAUCGGCUGGAGUAUUCCGUAUGAAUUCAACUCUGCAGACUUCGAAGCAAGUGUCCAAUUCAUUCUAAAUCAUGUGGAUGAGUGUGAUAUCAAAAAGGGUGUAUCCUGGAGCAAUGUGAGGUAUAUGAUCGGAGAAGUGAUGUAUGGAGGUCGUGUCAGUGACGAUUAUGACAAACGUCUCCUUACCUGCUUUGUCAGAAUGUGGUUCAGUGAGAAGAUGUUUGAUCCCACGUUCUGUUUCAAUACCGGAUAUAAGAUCCCUCAGUGUACGACUGUAGAGCAAUACUUGGAUUAUGUCCAAUCUCUGCCUGUGCUUGACACCCCUGAAGCAUUUGGUUUGCACCCCAAUGCUGACAUCAUAUGUCAGAACAACAUGGCCGCAGAAGUCCUGGACACCAUAGCCAGAGUCCAACCCACAGAGAGUGGUAGAGUGGGGGAAAGGCAUGAGGCUGCUGUAUAUCAGAUACUACAAGACAUGCUGGAUAAAUUGCCGCCGGAUUAUAUUCCUCAUGAGGUGGAAGCACAACUGCAAAAGAUGGGGGCUCUCAACCCCAUGAAUAUUUUCCUUCAUCAAGAAAUAAAGCGGAUGCAAAAGGUCAUCGCAAUUGUAAGAAGCAGCUUGACUGAACUGAAACUAGCAAUAGAUGGGGCUAUUGUCAUGAGCGAGAAUCUGAGAGAAGCCCUAGAUAACUUGUACAACGCACGUAUUCCUAAAGUAUGGAUAAAGGCGUCGUGGGACUCUGCUACACUUGGCCUCUGGUUCAGCGAGCUCCUGGAGAGGAACAGUCAGUUCAGGUCUUGGGUUUAUGAGGGAAGACCAAAUGUAUUUUGGAUGACAGGAUUCUUCAAUCCACAGGGAUUUCUUACUGCUGUCAGACAAGAGGAGACUCGAGCACAUAAAGGAUGGACUCUAGAGACUGUUACUAUGCAAAAUGAAGUAUUGAAACUAGUGAAAGAGGAAAUAACCGUCUCUCCUGCUGAAGGGAUAUAUAUCCACGGACUAUUCCUGGAUGGAGCUGGUUGGGACAAAAGAAACAGUAAAUUAAUUGAAUCCACUCCCAAGGUAUUAUACACCAUGCUCCCAGUGGUCCACAUAUUUGCAGUGAAUGCUCCUUCUGUAAAACGUCCCAUGUUGUACAAAUGCCCUGUGUACAAGAGCCCCGUGAGAACAGACGUAACCUAUGUGACUGUCAUCUAUCUCAGGACCAGUCAGCCUGCCGACCACUGGACCCUGCGGGGAGUGGCUCUUUUGUGCAACAUCAAAUGAACUGACCAGGCUGACUAAUAUGAGUUCUAGCACCACAUUGUUUUUACUGUUUUAAUUAUCUUAAACUUUUGUUCUAAAUGUUAUUCAUUUAAAACUGUUUAAAUAAAAACUUAGCAUAUUA